AUGGGUUGUAGAUGUAGAUGGCUGGGUUGUAGAUGUAGAUGGCUGGGUUGUAGAUGUAGAUGCCUGGGUUGUAGAUGUAGAUGCCUGGGUUGUAGAUGUAGAUGGCUGGGUUGUAGAUGUAGAUGGCUGGGUUGUAGAUGUAGAUGGCUGGGUUGUAGAUGUAGAUGGCUUUUGUUGAGGACCGCUGGAUGUAGAUGGCUGGGUUGUAGAUGUAGAUGGCUCGGUUGUAGAUGUGGAUGGCUGGGUUGUAGAUGGCUCAGUUGUAGAUGUAGAUGGCUGGGUUGUAGAUGGCUGAGUUGUAGAUAUAGAUGCCUGGGUUGUAGAUGUAGAUGGCUGGGUUGUAGAUGGCUCAUUUGUAGAUGUAGAUGGCUGGGUUGUAGAUGGCUGAGUUGUAGAUAUAGAUGCCUGGGUUGUAGAUGUAGAUGGCUGGGUUGUGGAUGUAGAUGGCUGGGUUUUAGAUGUCGAUGGCUGGGUUGUAGAUGUAGAUGGCUGGGUUGUAGAUGUGUAGGUUUGCUAACUGAACUCACAAAUAUUUUACCUGUCCUCCUCCUUCUUUGCACUCACCAGCUGUAA